AUUUUAAAUUCCUGUCACAAAAGGGAACUAUAACACAAAGAGACAAAAAAAACACUCUUGAUAGUUCACUGUUUCCAAGAGAAUUAGAAAAUGGCGCAGAAAACAAACCAACAAGUGAACCCUUUGGGACCAGAAAGUAAGGAGCCUAGAAGUGAUGAAGAGUCUGGCUCUAAAACAUCUGCAGAGGAGCUCAAGCGAAAGAAAAGGAUCAAAUUGGCCAUAUAUAUUGCUGCUUUUGCUGUGUUUCAAACCAUAGUCAUCUUGGUUUUUGCACUCAUUGUAAUGCGUGUUAAGACUCCAAAAGUCAGGUUGGGCAAUGAUGCUACAUUCCACAACGUGACCACUGGCAACUCAACAUCACCUUCCUUUGAUAUAAACUUCACAACCCAAUUGAGGGUUAAGAAUGCAAACUUUGGUCCUUAUAAAUAUGAUAGCACCAUUGCCACAUUCAUGUACAAGGGUGUGACUGCAGGGCAAGUCACUAUUCCUAAGGGUAAGGCUGGGCUGCGUUCGACCAAAAAAGUUGGUGUCACACUAAAUGUGAAUUCAAAGGACUUGCCAAGUUCUGCCAAUCUUGCAGGUGACUUAAAAAGUGGGUUGUUGAUGCUAAACAGCCAUGCCAAGCUUAGUGGGAAAGUGGAAUUGAUGUUUAUAAUGAAAAAGAAGAAGUCUGUCGAAAUGAACUGCACCAUGACUAUCAAUUUAUCAUCAAAGGAGAUCCAUUCUAUGAUUUGCGAGUGACCAUAAAGCUGUUUAUCUUCCUUAAUUAGUUUUUAUUUUUCAGAUUCA